UGAACACGACGAGUUUCAUCAAAUUUUAAUAAAAAAUCACAAAAACUUCCCUUAAAAAAUGGUUAAAAUCAAGAAAAAGAAUAAGACAAAGGCAAAUUCUACUGAAAAACCUCAAAAACAGCAAAAAACAAAACUUCCAGCGGAAAAUGAGGACAAAAUUAACUCAAGCAGCGAAAAAGAUCCCGACUCCGACGAAGAGCGUCAAAUUGUUGCGGAUUUCAAAAAACGUCAAGCUGAGUUAGCGAAAGAAGCAAAAGCGAAUGGUACGGACAAAAAAGACGCCAAGAAAAAGGAAAAAACGAAGAAAGAUAAGAAAAUGAAGCAAGUCAAGCCGGAAAAACUCGAUAAGAAAAGUGCAAAAAUGUUGCGAAUUAUGGAAAUGAACCCCGACACAAAACUAAUUGAAGCUAAAAAGCGAAAACCGAGCGCUACAGAACGAAAACUCGCAAAACAAGAGAGAAAUUUGAAGAAAAAACUCCGAAAAUUGAAGAAAUUGGAGGAAAAAAAGAAAAAAGAAGAACAAGGCGAGGAUGAAACACAAAAAAAUGGCAAAGACGAGUCUCAAGAAGAGGAAAGCGACGUUGAAAUGAGCGAAGGAGACGACGUAGAAGAAGAAGAAAUUGGCACAGGCGAAGAAUGGGACGGAAUUUCAGAGCCAGAAUUCUCGGAAACAGAUCCGAGUAGUUAUUCGAGCGACGAAGACGACAAAAUUUUGCAAGAUUUUUGGAAACAAGAGAAGAAAGCAUCGAAAAAAGGCCCAAAAGAAGUCGUGAAACAGGAAAAUGGUGACGCAAAAGGCAAGAAAAAGGUCGAAAAAGAGGAAAAAGUUGAUCCGAAAAAACUUGAAGAGCUCAAAAAUAAAUUGGAAGUGCUUGAAAACAAGAGAAAAGCGAAAGCCUUGCAACGAAAAUCCAAACCAAAAGUCCCAAAAGCCGAAAGAAAGAAGUUAAAAGAGGAAAAAGCGAAAAAAUUCAAACUAAAACAACAACGACGCAACCUCUUGAAGCAAGAAAAGAAGAAACAAGCUCAAAACGGAGAUGCCACAGACGAUAAGAAAGACGUCAAAAAGGACAUUAAGGACAUAAAACCCGUCGCCAACGCAUUCAACCCCGAAGGAAAACUUCUUUUUUCCAAAAUUGAAUUUCCUGCGUCGGAAAAGAAGAAAAAAGGUUUAGAUACGAACCCGAAAAAACUUUUGGAGGAUCUCAAUAAUCAAAAGAAAAAGUUACGAGAAUUGACGGAAGCGGGAGAAACGGAAAAAGCAUUGGCGAUGAAGAAAGAAAUUGCAUGGAAAAAUGCCUUUAAGAAGGUUCAAGGAGAAAAAACAAAAGAUGAUCCAGAAAUCCUUAAAAAGACGAUAAGGAAGAGGGAACAACGCAAAAAGAAAACGAAAGAGAGUUGGAAGAAGCGAGAAGAAAAGGUCAAAGCAGAGCAAGAGAAGAAAAUUAAGAAGCGUCAAGAGAACUUAGACAAACGCAAGAAGGAAAAGAAGAACAAAAAGAUGAAAAAAUUGGCGAAAAAAGGAAAAAUCAUCGCUGGUUACUAAAUUUGUUCAAAAAAAAUUCGCAUUUUAUUUUUUUAAGAAAUAAAUUUUUAAAGAAAUUAAAAAUUGAGAGAAAAAAAUUUUUUUUAACUUUUAGAAAAAUUUUUAAAUUUUAACGAAAGUUAUAUUUUUUUUUUUUAAAUUAAUUUUAUUUCAACUUA